AUGGCGAGGGGGGCCGCUGUGCACGAGACAGGCGCGUGCGAAGCUGGCUGGGAGUCCGAGGUCGGCUGGCGCGUCGUGCGCGGCCGCGACGAGCGCCGGCUGCUUGACGCCGCGGCAUCCGCAGUGUCGGAGGCGCGGCGGCGGAGAGGCCGGCAGGGCGAGGCGCGCCCAGAGGGUGGGGCGGCGGGCGUGGCAGGGACGGGCCUUCAGGAGGUGGAAGAGGAGGAGGCCGAGGCGCAGAGGCGCGCGGCGCGAGCGACGCCGUGCCCGUUCUGCGCGGAGGAGCGGGCCCGCGCGGCUGGCGGCGCGAAUGGGGGCGGCGGCGACGACGGCGGCGCGGCGGCAGCGCUACAGGACGACCCCCGCUCGCCCUUUGCGCUGCGCCGGUUGCUGUGGCGCCUCUUCUGCAAGCUCAAGCCCACUGCGGCCGCGUGGUGGGAGCAGCACGCGCGGAUGUGCCCCCACAGCAGCGACAUGCGGGCGUGGCGGCUGGUCGCCUUCUCCCUGCGGCGCACGCUGGUGCCGCUGCCGCCGCAGCUGCACGCGCUCGUCGGCGGCCUGGCCAGCACGGAAGAGUCAUUCGUCCCUCACUCCUACGCAGCAGCGGUCGAGUCGGAAUUUGCAAAGGCCUACACCCCCACCCUGCCUGUCGCCGCGCUGCACGCUCUCCUGGCGCUCACCGCGCACGCCCCCACGCCGCCAUCCCACGUGUCGCCGUGGGACGCCCCUUGCGCGUGGGCGUACCGCCCCGUCGCGGCGGGCGCAGCGCUCUCUGCGACGCUCGGAUUCGAGCUUGGGGUCCUGCGGAGCGGCCGGGGCUCUCUUGUCAAUAAGCAGCUGCAGUAUGUGCUGGUGGUGCUCGGCCUCGUACGCCCGCCCCGCCACUGCGGGCUAUACCACGGGGCACUGCUGGGCGUGCUGCGCGGCGAGGAGGGCGGCGGCAGCGGCGGCGGCGACGGUUGGGACGGCAGGGAGGAGGAGGAGGAGGCGGCGGUGAGGGCAGCGGCAUUGGAAGGAGCAGGGGCGGGGGCGGGCGGCGGCUGCGACAAGGCAGGGAUCGGGAGGCCUGCGGAUGCGGCGGGGCCGUAUGCAGAUGCGGGGCGGCGCCUGCGCGCGGCGGCGUACGCGGCGCGCCGUGCGAAGCUGGAGCCGGAUGCAAGUUUGGCGUUCGAGCUGGAGGGGUCGCCCCUGCUCGGCGCCGUGGGCGGCGCCUCUCCGUGCGCGUACAGUGAGCUGUUGGCGGCCGAGUGCCGCCGACACUGCUGGGGAUGCGGCUGCCUGGUCAAAGCUUUGGAGCCGUGGGUCUGUGGCAGCGGCGGCGGCGGCGGCGGCUGCGGCGCCGGGUGCUACUGCAGCGAGGCGUGCGCCCACGCCGACCGCAGUGCGCACGCCAAGCUGUGCGGCGUGCUGCGCGCCGCGCGCGCGGCGGGGCACCCAGGGCGGCGGCUGGUGAUGGAGGCGUUCGGGGUGACGCCAGGGGCGGUGGCUGCGGCGGCCGCGGCGGCCGCGGGGGCUGCGGCCACGGCAGCGGCCGACGAGGGGGCCGCGUCUGCAGGGCCGAUCUGGUUGCGCCUCGCGCACGGUGGUGGGGACGUGGGCGGCCGCAGCAGCAGAGGGGCCUGCGAAGGGCCGGGGCAGCCCCUGCGGCAGGCGGGGCAGGAGGCGGCGGGCUUCCAGUCCGUCGUCAAAAAGGCACGGGGAAGCAGCGUCACCGCACCGGCCGCCACACCUGGGCCACCCAGCGCAACCGGUGAUGGCACCGAGCCGCCAGCCGCCCUUGCGAGUGGCGCCGGGAGCUGCGGCAUCCUGGACCCGGGCGCCUUGUAUGAGUUCAGGAAUGCAGAUCGGCUGUCGUCGCAAAGGGAUGGGAAGGAGCAGCAGCUACUGGAUCCGCAUGCCAAGUACUCUGCCGACAGCUGGGAGUGCGCCGAGGCCGUGCGCCUGGUACACUGGCAGCUGGCAGCCCCCACCGGUUUCGAGGGCCUGGUGGUGUCGCCAGAGCUGAGGCGGCUGGUGGAGCAGGUGCUACCCCAGGCGGUCCAGGCGAUGUGCUGCAAGGAGGUGGAGGCGGCCCCAGUGCUGACGCGCCUGAGCGGCGUGCAGCGCCUGGGGCUGCUGUCUGAGGUGGCCGGCUGGGUGCUGUGCCCAGACGACUACCCGCAGCCGCCAUCCUCUUUAGAGCACCUCGACGUGCUGUUCUCCCUCAUACGCCUGGCGGGCAGCCUGGCGGAGGACGAGGCAGCCAGGGACAAGAGCUACAGGAGGGCCGUGCAGGACCAACUGGAGCACAUGUCGCGGCACCGUGGCGGCUCCAGCAGCGACGAGGAUGAGGAAGAGGGGGAUGGGGAGGGGCAGGGGGCGCAGUCAGCGGCGCUCGGGGCUCCGCAACAGGAGGCCCUCGUUCGGGGGCCCGAUGCGGCGGACCAAAAAACGCUGAUUGCGCGGUCCGAGCUGAGGUGGCGUGCGGCCAUUCUGCUCUCUGGAGUUGCGGGAAUCGACGACCGCAGCAGCAGCAGCGGCAUCAUCAUCAGCAACAGCAGCAGUGAUGGCGGCAGCAGCGGCGACGACGGCGGCAGCGGCGGCGACGGCGGCAGCGGGGGCGACGGCGGCAGCGGGGGCGAUCGCGGCCGGCAGAACUCGAUCGCUGCGCUGGCGUGCAUUCUGGAGUACGCACGGCUUGCGCAUGGGGACUCGGGCGUGCCCCUUGGCCCAGACUUUCCCGCGACACCGCGGCCCGCAGCGGGAGCGCCGCCCGAGGACGCGGCCCGGGAAUUCGCUGAGUGGCUGCUGCAAGUGUGCGACGGCUGCUGGCCGGCCGAGCCGCGCGGCGGCGAAGGCGGCGGCGUCGGCGGCGGCGGUGGCGGCGGCGGCGGCGGCGGCGGCGGCGGCACGGACGGAGCGGGCGUGGUGCACGGCCCCGGCGGUUGCAGCACACCAGAGGGCGGGAGCCCGGGCGGAGCCGCGGAUGGCAGCUGCCGCGGCGGCGAGGCGGGGCGCGGCGGCCCGACGCGGGGGACAGAAUACUGGGGCGGCGGCUGGUGCGACGCCGUCUGGGGGAGCACGGGCGGCGCCCCGGCCACGAGCCGGGCCGCGAUUGCGGCCGAUGGCGCGUGCCCGAUGACACAGGCGUUUGCGCUCGAGGCGCUGUGCUUGGCGCUGCUGAUCCGGCUGACGAGCGCGGCGCUUGGGGCGGACUCUGCGCGGGAGGAGCGCGAGCGCAGUGGCGGCGGCGGCGGCGGCGGGGCCGCGGGCUCGGGCGCGGCUGGCGCGGCUGCGGGGGAGGAGGGCGUCGCACUGGCAGACCAACUGCUCGAGCUGGUGCAGGUGUGUGCGCGCUCGCGCGCGCUUGCUACCAACGAGGUCAUGUGUGCUUGCACGUGA